ACAACCUCAGAAUGACCAGAACCUGCUCAGCAUUCCCAACUCAGAACUGUCUGAUCAAGAACUGUGCGCCAGCUACUCACCAUAACAGCCAAUCUAGCCAGGAAGAGUCGACUUAUCAUGGCCAAGCCAGUGUACCGAGGGGCAGAACUGUGGCAGAUUGCUCUGCUCAUGUUGACACUGGUGUCUCAUUCUGAGGGAUCUACAAUCAUUGAAGUUGACAACGGAGGAAAAUGGGGUGGCUGGCAAGAUGUUAAGAUGUGUCCUCCAGACUUCUAUGCUAAUGGUUUCAGCCUAAGGGUGGAGAGGUCCCAAGGACGCGGUGAUGACACAGCCCUCAAUGGAAUCCGACUGUUCUGCAAACACAUAACUUAUCCGAUCGAAGAUAUAGUGGUGGAAUCUCCAGGACAUUGGGGGGAUUGGACUUCAAAGCAAGCUUGUGCAUCUGGCUAUCUGGACUCCUUCCAACUACGUGUGGAGGGCAGUCAGGGCAAGGGAGACGACACAGCCGCCAACAACAUCAACGCCCACUGCAGCAAUGGAGAUAUUCUCCAGGGUGAGGGCACAAGCUGGGGGGGCUGGGGCAGCUGGAGCUCAAGAUGCCCAAACGGGAUAUGUGGUCUCCAAGUCAAAGUGGAGGGGCCACAAGGAAGGGGUGAUGACACCGCCCUCAAUGAUGUUCGGAUGAUCUGUUGCUAGCAAGGCUAGACUUCCUUACAACGAUAUUACAACAGACUCCAUCUCCCCUCACUCGAUUUAAGUGUGAUUUACUAGUUAUGGAAACUGCACCAUAAAUUUCUUAGCUGACGUUAACAGAUGUCAUGUACAACUUUUUUUUCCGUAUUCCUUUUCACAAUGAGGUUAUUUUAGAGAAAUAAUUGUAAAUUGCAUUUAGUAA